AUUGGAUGUGUUGAGAAGUUAUUAUGCAUGCUUGCCGUCUGGGUCGAAGAUCCAAAAUCAGAAGCAAACAAGUUUCAUUUGGGUAGAAUACCCGAUUACCUUUGGAUUGCCGAGGACGGACUAAAAUUCCAGAGUUUUGGCUCUCAAAUGUGGGAUGUGGGAUUUAUAAUUCAAGCAUAUUUAUCGAGUAAUCUAAUCGAAGAGUUUUUACCGACGCUUCGAAGAGCACAUGACUUUGUGAAGGCAUCCCAGGUUUGUCAAAAUCCCUCUGGAGACUUCGCCAAGAUGGGCAGGCACAUAUCUAAGGGCGCAUGGACAUUCUCGACGCAAGAUCACGGCUGGCAAGUUUCCGAUUGUACCGGAGAAGGACUAAAGGUUUCGCUCUUGUUCUCGCUUAUGCCAACAGAGCUAGUAGGAGAAAAGAUUGAAACGCAACGUUUCUAUGAUGCAGUGAACGUCAUUCUUUCCUUACGGAGCAAAAAUGGUGGCUUCCCUGCUUGGGAGAGUCAAAGAACAUUCAGUUGGGUUGAGAAAUUCAACCCCACAGAGUUCUUUGAGGCGACCUUUAUUGAGCGAGAGUACGUAGAGUGCACUUCUUCAGCAAUUCAAGGACUCAAACUGUUUAGGAGAUUGUACCCGGCGCAUCGAGGAAAAGAAAUAGACAAUUGCAUAUUAAAAGGGAUACAAUAUCUUGAAGACCAACAAAAUCCUGAUGGUUCAUGGUAUGGCUCCUGGGGUAUAUGCUUCACUUAUGGUACAUGGUUUGCCGUGGAAGGGCUUGUAACUUGUGGGAAAAGCUACAAUAAUAGUCCGACCUUACGUAAAGCAUGCAAAUUUUUAUUAUCAAAGCAGUUACCAAAUGGUGGAUGGGGAGAAAGUUACCUUUCUAGCCAAGAUAAGGUUUACACUAAUUUGGAAGGCGAUCGUGCAAAUUUAGUCCAGACUGCUUGGGCAUUGUUGGCUCUCAUUACUGCUGGGCAGGCCGAGAUAGAUCCAACACCCAUACAUCGUGGAAUAAGAGUAUUGAUCAACAUGCAAAUGGAAGAUGGCGACUUCCCUCAACAGGUACUAAUUGAAUUGAGAU